UUGAUUGAAGAUUAAAGAUGUUGAGCAGAAUAACGUCGAGAUUUGCACAAGGAAAAAAGAUGAAUAAUAAGAAACGCAAAGGUAAAGGUCCAAUGGAGCCUGAAAUAGACCCUAAUGUUGGAGAUUUGGAAGUUCCAGAUACCGGGUUCGAUGAAGAUAGCGAAGAUGAAACAACACCGUCCGUGGUAUCCCUAGAUAACUACAAUUGCCUGGAAGAUAGUGACAAACACGCUUCUACAGAUAUUACAUAUUCAAGCGAUCCAAAAUUCAGGUACCAACAUCGUGGUUCACUCUUUUCGGUCAUUGUUUAUUAUAAGGAGAUAACAAAACAUAGUCCAAAAAUUAAAUACAUUAUCGACAAGGCAGGAUGGGGACGUUUAUUAGCCAUGGAAAUAGGAGAAGCAUCACACCCAGUGAUUGAUUAUCUUGUUGAACGUUGGUGGGAUACAACGCAUACUUUUCACUUCCCUUUUGGUGAAAUGGGAUUCACGCCGCUUGAUUGGGUAGUGUUGACAGGAUUGAGUAUUGGAAUUGGGGAUGAUGUUCCGUAUAACCCAGUCAAGUACAAAUUUGAUUAUGUCCGUGAGCAUGUUUUUCCAGAAAUAGAAGAACCCUUAGAUUAUGAAGAUCCCCCAAUCUCUGGAAAAAAAGACGGUUAG